AGCCACUCACAACUCAAACCUUGAAACACACCCAACCCUCCCAGCUUUCACGUACCAAAGGCAAAGCCCCGACUGGAAAACACAAAGGAAGAAGAAGAUCAAUGUCUUCUUUUCGUUUUCUUCUUCUCUUCACGAUUUUCCUUCUUCUUCUCCAUCAAAACUUUUCUUUUCCUUCCAAACAAACACUCCUUUUACCGCUCAAAAAGACUCUUGGUCAUGACCCACGUGCUUUUCGUCGAAGCUCUAAAUUGCUUUCCUCCUCCGCCAUCGCCACCGCCACCAACAAGCUUGCUUUCCACCAUAACGUAACUUUGACAGUUUCUUUAUCCGUCGGCUCGCCCCCGCAGAAUGUUACUAUGGUCCUCGACACAGGAAGUGAACUAUCUUGGCUUCACUGUAAGAAAGCUCCCAACUUAAACUCCAUCUUCACACCUCAAGCUUCCAAGUCUUACAAGCCCGUCCCUUGUUCUUUGCCAAUUUGUAGAACCCGUACCCGAGACUUAACCGUGCCGGCUUCCUGCGACCCGAACAACAAGCUCUGCCACGUGGCAGUCUCGUAUGCUGACGCUUCCUCGAUUGAAGGAAAUCUCGCGUAUGAAAAUUUUGUAAUCGGAACCUCGACUCGACCUGGGUUUUUAUUCGGGUGCAUGGACUCGGGUUUCAGCUCGAACUCGGAGGAAGAUUCGAAAACGACCGGGUUAAUGGGCAUGAACCGUGGGUCCUUAUCUUUCGUAAGUCAAAUGGGUUUUCCCAAAUUCUCCUACUGCAUAUCGGGUUUUGACUCGUCUGGCGUUUUACUUCUCGGUGACGCGAGCUUCUCAUGGCUUAAGGGGUUAAGUUAUACUCCUUUGAUUCAAAUAUCCGACCCGUUACCAUAUUAUGAUCGGGUUGCAUAUACAGUCCAACUAGAGGGUAUUAAAGUUGGGAAUAAAAUGUUGAACCUUCCGAGAUCAGCUUUUUUACCCGAUCAUACCGGUGCGGGUCAAACAAUGGUUGACUCGGGCACCCAAUUUACUUUCUUAUUGGGUCCGGUAUAUACCGCGUUAAAAAACGAGUUUUUGCAACAAACGAGAGGAGUUUUACGAGUUCAGGAGGAUCCUAAUUUUGUUUUCCAAGGGGCAAUGGAUUUGUGUUAUCUAGUAAGCAAUUCAUCUCGAGCGAUUUUUUCCAAUUUACCGCGGGUCAGUCUAAUGUUUCAAGGGGCCGAGAUGAGUGUGUCGGGCGAGAGGUUAUUAUAUCGAGCACCCGGGAUGAACAAGGGGAGUGAUUCUGUGUAUUGCUUCACAUUCGGGAACUCUGAUUUGCUAGGGAUCGAGGCCUUUGUGAUUGGCCAUCAUCAUCAGCAAAACGUGUGGAUGGAAUUCGAUCUGGUGAAAUCAAGGGUCGGAUUUGCAGAGAUGAGGUGUGAUCUCGCUGGUCAAAGGCUCGGGAUGGGCCUCUAAAAACAACAGGGACCCACGAAAUUGGAGGGGAUUUUUGGGGUGUUUAUAAAAAAUGGAGCCCACAUUGUCCAAUCCAUGGCCCACCUUUUAAUGUAGAGGUGGACCAUUGAUCCGACAUUGUAUGGUCUUGAUUGAAAAAAUGUAUGGGAUUUUUUUUAUAUUGUAAAUAAAUUUAUUUUUUAUAAAAAAUUCUGAUUCCCUGAA